AUGCAGGAAAAAGUCGAAAUGCAAGACGAUCGUCAAGAGUCGUCUGCUGUCUCUUUCUUCCACCCGGCGCUGAAGGAAGUUCGACAGCGAGUGUACUUCCAAUGGAGCCGCACCGCGCUGAAAGUCUGGGUCGUCGACUUUGACGGACAACUCGACCCGUACCGCACCAACAACCCGAUCGUCGGGUCCGUCGUCACCAACGUGACCCGCCAGAUCCUCGACUCGCCGGGUCUGCAUUUAGGUUACGAGAUCAAAUCCCCCGCCGAUUUCAACCAUGACCCGUGGGACGUGCGCCAAGGCAUCUAUGACGAACACGCCUACGCCGCCGUCAUCGUCAACGCAAAUGCAACCAGCCUCCUGCGCGCCGCGGUGUCGCACGGCAACUCCUCCUACGACCCGACCGGCGCCAUCGAAUCCGUGAUCAUUUCCGCGCGCGACGAAACCACCUACUAUAACUAUGUGCUGCCCGGUCUGACUGUUCUGCAGGGCAUGGUCCUGGCGGAGUUCGGCCCACAGUGGGCCCGCGAGCUUCUAGUUUCGCCGUCGGCCAAUCUGUCGCAGGUGCCCCCGCAGGCCAUCAACCCAGCGAUCGGGUUCACGAAUAUCGAUCUGCGCCCGUUCGGACCGGCCGUCACGACACCGGCCGUGACUAUCGGUCUGAUCUAUCUGAUCAUCAUUGCGUUUUUCAACUUCCCGUUCCUGAUGCCCAUCCACGCCCAGUUUAUGAAACCCGAGGGCCACCCGCCGCUUAAGUUGUGGCAUUGGCUGCUGUGGCGCGUGCUCUCCAGCAUCGUCGCCUACUUCUUUUUGUCGCUCUUCUACUCGUUCGUCUCGCUGGCCUUUCAGAUCCCCUUCAGCAACCCGCCAGCCCCGGAGACUCUGUCAGCCAAUAACCCCAAUGCGUACGGCCGCGGGUCCUUUGUGGUGUUCUGGAUGCUGAACUGGGUUGGCAUGGCUGCCUUGGGAUUCCCUUGCGAGAACAUGGCCAUGAUCCUGGGCUUUCCCUGGAGUUCACUCUUUUUGAUUUUCUGGGUCAUUACCAACGUGGCUACGGGAUUUUAUGCGCUGGAUCUGGCACCGGGCUUCUUUGCGUGGGGAUAUGCGUGGCCCUUGCAUCGGAUUGUCGAGGCACUACGUACAAUCUUCUUCGACACCCACUCUCGCAUCGGGCUGGACUUUGCGGUCCUGUUUAUUUGGAUUGCUGUCUCACUUCUGUUCUUCCCAUUUGCGACAUUUAUCAUGCGCUGGAAGGCGAAGCGCGGACUCUGA